AUGGGCUGGGAGGAUAAGCGGCUGUUGGAAGGAACGAGCCUCAAGUUCUCACUGCGCAAACAGUUUCCUGGACAAAAUGCUUUGCAAUUGAUGACAAGCACGUGGCAGUGCUUGUCGGAUCCGGAGUGCACAGAGACCAAGUUCCGUGGUCUCAUGACUCUUCGCAUCUUACAGCGCGUGAAUGAUGACACCAUUGUGGCGUUACGCGAGUCUGAGAGCGAAGGUGGAUUGAAAUUGUACCGCUGCGUGUAUUUGUUAUUUCGUGUGCGCACUCGCAACGGGUUUCUCAUUUGCGUGCAGUCGGUGGCACCCGAACGUAUCACUGACUCUUUGCUAAGUUGUGUCAGCCAGGACGGAAAGCUCGUGCAGUGGACAGACCUGUCAGGUUGGUUUGUGUUUGAGCCUAUUGCUCAUGGAGAAAUGUACGAUGCAUCAUUCUACCAGGAAGGUGCACAGGUAGAGUAUGGUGGAUGUAUGGACUAUGGCGACCACGAGUCAGUCGCGACUCUUGCGAUGAAUACGUUAUCCAUUGUAUUCAAGUGGGAAAGCAUGAUGGUUGGUCCAACCUUCAGCUUACCGUCAUCCUCAUGGUGA